AUGCAUACGCGUCAAAAAAACAUUCAUGUACACCUAUAUGCGUCCUGGCGAAUUGAACCAUGCCAUUGCCGAGGGGUGUCUGCCUUCGCGCAUCUUCGAUUUGCUGUAUGCGACGCCCCUGCGCCACCGUCUGCCAUUGCGCACCGCAACAUCUGCACCACCAAGUACACCAGCAGCACCAAGUACAGCCACUCCUCCGCCUCCUUUCGUGCAGUCGCAAUGAGCAGCAGCAGCAGCAACAGCGCAAACAGUGCCAGCCUGUCGAUUGGAGAUGCUGGAGACGGCGUGGUCAUGAUCAAUGCCACGCUGAAACGGACGCCAGCGCACGACGCAGCGCUUCUUAUCCUCAAGGGUGCUGCUUGCGUUGUCUUUAAGCUUCCCACCGGAAGAAGCACUCGCAGAGUCAAGUUUUCGAAGGGAUGCUGCGGCACGUUGACUAUAGGACCUGUACCAGAAGCACCAGGAAGCGCUGAGCAGCACCAUCUGCAAGCCAUCGUCGAUGCAGUUGUAGAAGAAGACAGGAGCAUCCUGUCCUUCGAGGUGUCUAGGGCAGUCGCAGACAGGCGAUACGGCGAGUCUUAUUUGGACGAUUUCGGCAUACCUGCCAGCGUGCAACAGGUUCGCAUCUGCGCGAUCCCAGACUGCGCCAUCAAUGCCAAUGCCUAUCCGGUGCUGCGAUCUACGGGCAUGUUGGAGAGAGUGAGCGUCACGGAGUUGAAGCACAAUGCUGCGAAAGAAACGCUGGAUAUUGGAUUCACCUUUUCUGUCCCCGACAGCUUGAUGGGCUGCCCCCUGGAUGCGAGGCACCUCUCGACGCUGCUCCCUUCUUGCGAAGAAGAAGAACUUCCAGAGCUUGCACAGUUGUUACCUCCGUCAGGCGUGGAGGCUGCUAGAGAAGAAGCGGAUGAUGGGGAUGACGGACAGGUGAUCACACCCUGGGAAGUGCAGGGAGAAGAUGGCGGCAUCAACUAUGACAAGCUCUUGAAGAAAUUUGGAUGCUCGCCUGUUACACCCACCAUUAUUCAGCGGAUCGAGGAGGCAACCGGCCAGAGAGCGCAUCAUAUGCUGCGGCGUGGCUUAUUUUUCUCGCAUCGCGAUCUGGAUGUCUUGUUGGCUUAUGUUCUCAAGUGCAAGGCUGCCUCGAAGCCAGGCGAAGGGGACAAGACGGAGAAAGCCGCUACCUGUCCAUUUUAUUUGUACACAGGAAGAGGCCCCUCCAGCGAGAGUCUCCACAUUGGCCAUCUUGUGCCCUUCAUAUUCACCAAAUAUCUUCAGGACGCCUUCGAUGUGCCUCUCGUCAUCCAACUAACGGACGAUGAAAAGUUCUUAUUCAAAGAGAAUCUCGCGUUGGAGCAGACGCAGCGUCUAGCCUUUGAAAACGCAAAAGAUAUCAUUGCCUGUGGCUUCGAUGUAAACAAGACCUUUAUUUUUGCAAACACGGAUUACAUCAAAUAUUUAUAUCCAACGAUGCUGGAGAUCCAGAAGCGAGUCACUUUUAAUCAAACACGCGGCAUCUUUGGCUUUUCUGGCAGCGACAACAUUGGCAAGGUUGCCUUUCCAGCUUGUCAGGCAGCGCCGUCUUUCGCAUCUGCUUUUCCAUCUCUUUUCGGGACAGGACCCAAUGCACGUACUGUCAAGUGUCUUAUUCCCCAAGCUAUCGAUCAAGACCCUUAUUUCCGCAUGACUCGGGACGUGGCUGUUCGUAUGGGUUUGCCAAAGCCUGCUUUGGUUCACUCCAGGUUUAUUCCUGCCCUUCAGGGAUACAAGACAAAGAUGAGCGGCAGUGUGGAAAGCAGCAGCAUUUAUGUCUCAGAUUCCCCUAAGGAAAUUGCGGACAAGAUCAACAAAUUCGCAUUUUCAGGCGGACGCGCGACCAUAGAGGAGCAGCGGCAGUUCGGAGCAAAUUUGACUGUGGAUGUUCCGUACCAGUACCUUACCUUCUUCCUCGAAGACGAUGAGGAACUUGCAAGGAUUGGAGAAGCAUAUAGCUCUGGAAAGAUGCUAACGGGAGAAGUUAAGCAGCGGUUAAUUAAGCUGCUGCAGGAUCUCAUCCAGCAGCACCAGGAACGCCGCGCCAAGGUGACUGACGAUAUGGUCAGGGAGUUUAUGAACCCUCACCGCCCGUGCUUUGAGCGCUUCCGUGCGAACUAG